CACUGUUUUUAGUUGAUGUAGGCCUACUUCUUGGCCUACAGUCAUCCCUGAACAGCAACCAUUUCUCUUGAGAACUACCCUAGCCUAGGCCUAUUAAUUACUAUUGUAAUGUAGUUAUAGCCUAAUCUAGUUUAAAUAUUUAGGCCUAUAAUAGCUGUACAUAGUUGAAUUUGUAAUGAAUUAGUUUAAUUCAGUGAGACAAGAACAUGAAAAGGCAAGUUUAAGGGAACUUUUCAUUUAAAAUUAAAUUCAAACAGUAGCAAGACAACCAACAGAACUGAGAUAAAACGGUUUCUUUUGAUUAAAAACGUGGGAGCUAAAAGAACUGAAGAGACACAAAAUUGAAUGCCCUCUCUCUCACUAACUUAGGAACACAUGCCACAUCAAAAGCCCAACUCAGCUAAACCACAGAAUACAAUACAACUCCGUUUGGCGCAGCAAGUCAGCAUGUUUGCUGGACAGUGUAGUCGCGUAUUAUGGUGUAACAAGGGGGGGUUGAACGGUUACUAGGAUGCAUUAAACUACACAUCCCAGCCUGACACUCUUCAGCCAUUUGUUUGUCCAAUGGUCGCUCGAUCCGCACGAUCGUUGACCAAUGGGAGAGUAAUCUUUUAAUUCUAACGGUUAAAUACCAUGAAAUCCUUUUUUAUCGCCAUUAUUUAUUUAAAUUAGUUUAGCAGUCACCGUGCGACCUCAUGAGAUCUUUUAGAUUUUGGACAGAACGUGGUUGACACGGAGAAGGAUUUCAAGUGUUUGUCAGCCUCCAGAGACAGCAUCUCGACAUGCUACCGGCUGUGCGGAUCUGUUUGCCCUCCAUGGCUUUUCUAGGUUCGCUGUGUCACGGAUGCGGUAGCAGAGGAGGUUUGUUUUAUAUGCCGGUGCGUGCUAUGAGUUGGUCUCCGCGGCAGAUAAAUCAGUGUAACAACGAGGAUUCCUCCGACCCUCCUCCUCCUGAAGAUUGCCCCCGGGUACUCAUCACAGGUGGAUUAGGGCAACUUGGUGUUGGACUGGCACAACUGCUGAGGGAACAGUAUGGGAAGGAAAAUGUGAUCCUAUCGGACAUCAAGAAGCCCCCCGUGGAGGUGUUCAACAGUGGGCCGUUUGUCUACGCUGAUGUGUUGGAUUACAAGAACUUGAGGGAGUUGGUGGUGAACAACCGGAUCACAUGGCUGGUGCACUACAGUGCUCUGCUCAGUGCUGUGGGGGAGGCCAACGUGGCCUUAGCGCGCACCAUCAACAUCACAGGCCUUCAUAAUGUACUUGACCUGGCGCUAGAGAACUGCUUGCGUCUCUUUGUCCCAAGCACCAUUGGAGCAUUUGGACCAUCGUCUCCCCGUGACCCUGCACCUGACCUGUGUGUCCAGAGGCCACGGACCAUCUAUGGAGUGUCCAAAGUUCAUGGAGAGUUGAUGGGGGAGUACCUCCAUCACAAAUAUGGAUUGGAUUUCCGUUGCUUACGCUACCCUGGAGUCAUCUCAGCUAACACCAAGCCUGGAGGAGGAACAACAGACUACGCUGUCCAGAUUUUUCAUGACGCCCUCAGCACAGGCCAUUACGAGUGUUACCUGCGAUCGGACACACGUCUUCCCAUGAUGCACAUUGCUGACUGCCACCGUGCCACAGUGGAGUUUAUGCAGGCCCCUGAAUGUCAGCUGUCCUUGCGCACCUACAACAUUGCUGCCAUGAGUUUCACCCCCGAGGAAGUAGCUGAAGAAAUACGCAAGCAUCUGCCCCACCUGAAAGUCACCUACAACCCUGACGCAGUCCGCCAGACUAUUGCGGACAGCUGGCCAGUGCGAUUUGACGACUCCAAUGCACGAAGAGACUGGGGUUGGCGGCCGUCUUAUGGGCUUCCGGAACUCGUUACAGACAUGAUCUACUCUAUCUGCGACAAGAGGGCCAAUGCUGGGCUUCCAGUCAGCUAGCAGGCGCAGUCAACAGAGACUUCACUUCCCGACAACUCCCUUUAAGUCACACUUCCAGUAGAGUGCAAGGAGGGGCACACACAAACACACAAACCACUCCAAACCUCCUUUUUCCAGCCACGGGGAACCACUCAUGAACACCUAACCUUCAAGCUAAACCCCCUGAAGUGACCAAACCGUAAACACACACAGACACAGAAACUCACACACAAGCUCACACAUGCAUGCAUACACACACAUACACGCAUUCAUGCAAACACACCCACACACACUGUCACAUUCACAUUCACACAGACAAUGCUCAUACAUGUUCUAACCAGCAGCCUUAACUCUUUUUCAGGGAACUAUACUGUCAACCAUACUGUUGUGACUAUUGCAUUAAUGUUGUUUUAAUUGUGAUAGGGAGAAGAAAAAUAAAACACAUCAUCAGG